AUGGCAAGAGCUGAAGAAAAGAAAAAAGAUGACAUCCGAGUGUACAUGAUCUCCUGCUUGUUCUUUAUUUGUAUUACAGCUGGUGGAGCUUUACUGUCGAUGUACGUAACCUUGCCGGAAACAGAACCGACGACAUGGUAUCCCAUUGCAGGACUUACACUUGUGGCCAUUCCAUGGGUGUUUUGGAUCCUUAUAUUCCUUUAUACAUGCGUCAAGGCCGCUAUCAUACUACGCAACCCAAGCCAGGGUGCCAACAGAGGAAAAGGUACGUCGGCAACCGCAGCUGCGGCCAAGACCACUUUCGAGUCCUCCUCCGUGGAUUCUACUGGUGGUGGAGGUGGUGAUCAAGGGCAUGCCCACGUUGGAGCUGCCAUUGCGAUUGGUGAAGAAGAUUCUCCCGGUGAUGGAGAGAAUGAAGCUGCACAGACCCAUCAAGCCCCAACCCACGAUGAGGAAGUAGGGUCUCAUGGCACCUCAGAAAGUAAAGCAAACGAUAGAGAAGGCUCUGCUGCUCGUUCAAAUGACUCUGAAUCGCCAUUUGCAUUGUCGAUGUCGUCCUAA